AUGUCAUCAUCAAGCGAGAACAGCUCCAAUUUUGCAGGAUCCAACACACCAGUGACAAGCCAGUCAAGUCAAACCAACUUUGAUGGUCAAAAUAGAACUAGUGGGGCCCAGAAUAUACGAGUCGCAACAGACGCCCUAGCUCAACACCUGGAGUCAGGAAACGCAACUCUUCUAGAAGCCAAUACUGAUAAUGAAAGAAGUCCAGAUGUUUUAUUCAGAGGAUCAUUUACUCAAGGGUUUCCAAGCUUUUCAGUCACAAUAGAUAGAACAAAUAUUACUUCGGAUGGUGCUGUGGUUGGUGAACCGGUGUUCAACUUUGGAAAUUUACCAAACAAUUUGAGAGAUAUGGUUCAAUCAUUAAUGGAAUCCAAUCGACCAAGAAAGAAAAAAGCUACUAAAGAUGCCAUAAAGAGGUUGAAGAUAAUAGAUCCAACAACACUUAAGGAAUCAGAAAGAGUAUGCUCAAUUUGCUAUGAUAAAUUUGAUCAACCCAAGAAUGAAGGACGUGCAAAUGACUCGAAACCCAUUACUAUAAGCAUUAAUGAUACACGCGAACUGCUAACAGAUGACCCUCCAAUUAUUUUUCCUAAAGAUCCAACUGGUUCAAGAUAUUCAGAAUACCAUAGAUUAGCAAAACAAUCAAAACACAAAGAUACCGGCAAGGAACCAGAAGACAACGAACCAGAAGGUGAGCAUAUACCUGUUCAAAUGCCAUGUGGCCAUAUCUUUGGUCGUUCUUGUCUCUUAGAAUGGUUAAAGUCAAACAUUUCAUGUCCUCUUUGUCGUCGUGAAGUUGAGGCACAACCUGUACAAGCUACAGAAGAAGCUACUGCAGACCAGCGCUUCUUUAGAAAUAGAUCAAUCUGCCCAGCAACAUGGUCUGCAAGUGAUAACCUUUAUGAAGACCCUGAGAUCCCAUUUCCUCCAACUAGAAGAUCUCGUAUUUCAAUUUUUAACACUGCUUUGAAUUGA